CGGGUGGCCCGGCUGGCGGAACGCGGCAGCCGGGCUGUGGUUGUGCGGCGGCAGCCGGAGUGGUUUGGGACGCGCACGGAGCGAAGAUGGCGGCGGAACGGCAGGACUCUCUGAGGGAGUUUGUGGCGGUGACGGGCGCCGAGGAGGACCGGGCCCGCUUCUUCCUCGAGUCGGCCGGCUGGGACCUGCAGAUCGCACUAGCGAGCUUUUAUGAGGACGGAGGGGACGAAGACAUUGUGACCAUUUCACAGGCAACCCCCAGUUCAGUGUCCAGAGGCACAGCCCCAAGUGAUAAUAGGGUGACAUCCUUCAGAGACCUCAUUCAUGACCAAGAUGAGGAUGACGAGGAGGAAGAGGGCCAAAGGAGCAGGUUUUAUGCUGGGGGCUCAGAGAGAAGUGGACAACAGAUUGUUGGCCCUCCCAGGAAGAAAAGUCCCAACGAGCUGGUGGAUGAUCUCUUUAAAGGUGCUAAGGAGCACGGAGCUGUAGCUGUGGAGCGAGUGACCAAGAGCCCUGGAGAGACCAGUAAACCAAGACCCUUUGCAGGAGGUGGCUACCGCCUUGGGGCAGCACCGGAGGAAGAGUCUGCCUAUGUGGCAGGAGAAAGGAGGCAGCAUUCCAGCCAGGAUGUUCAUGUUGUUCUGAAGCUCUGGAAAAGUGGAUUCAGCCUGGACAAUGGCGAGCUCAGAAGCUACCAAGACCCAUCCAAUGCCCAGUUUCUAGAGUCUAUCCGCAGAGGGGAGGUGCCAGCAGAGCUGAGGAGGUUAGCUCAUGGUGGGCAGGUGAACUUGGAUAUGGAAGACCAUCGGGACGAGGACUUUGUAAAGCCCAAGGGAGCUUUCAAAGCCUUCACUGGUGAAGGCCAGAAACUUGGCAGCACGGCCCCCCAGGUGUUGAGUACCAGCUCUCCAGCCCAGCAAGCAGAAAAUGAAGCCAAAGCCAGCUCUUCUGUCUUAAUCAACGAGUCAGAGCCUACUACCAACAUCCAAAUACGACUUGCCGAUGGUGGGAGGCUGGUACAGAAAUUUAACCACAGCCACAGGAUCAGCGACAUCCGACUUUUCAUCGUGGAUGCCCGGCCGGCCAUGGCUGCCACCAGCUUUGUCCUCAUGACUACCUUUCCGAACAAAGAGCUGGCUGAUGAGAGCCAAACACUGAAGGAAGCCAACCUACUCAAUGCUGUCAUCGUGCAGCGGUUAACAUAACCGCUCAGCCUCGGGCCCCUUCCUUCCUGUGUCUCCUGCAGUUGGCAGCCAUGCCCCAUGGGGAUCACCCCUCCUGCCCCUGUGCAUACCCAGGGCCAUGCUCCAGUGCCAUGUCUCCUCCAUAGCUCUGGGUUCCUAGAUUUUGGUUGGACAUUAGUUUUUCUUUAGUUGCAUUUCCUGGGUUUUUGUGAGGAUCAGUGGACUUUAAAAAAAAUAAAAAUUUAAAAAAAAAAAAUUGAAGAAACAUCACCAGCAUGUGUAUGGGAACACUCCCACUGGAGCAAAUCUUGAUUGCUACAAAAUGUUAUUUACCUUGGGAGCAUGGUGGGGAGCUGUUCUUCCAUCCUCUCUGCAUAAAAACUACUGUCACACACACAACCCUCACCCACUAACAUGUCCCUUCUGUAACCCCAAAAAGUGACUGGAGGAUGCUCUCUUUGAAGGGAAGGAAGAUGAGAUGUAUGGAAAGAGGCUUUGCAGCCACUUGCUCCCAUAUGAAUAUGUCACUUGCCCUAACAAAAAUUGGCAGUGCCAAAAGUCCCCUGAAGAGGUCAGAGCUGAAUGGAUACAGCCUCUUUGAGUGAAAAUAAAUGCUUCCCCAUACACCUUUCACUCAGCCCUGCCUGGUAUAUCCACACUCCUAGGCUGUGGCCCUCUGAGGUUCUACUACACCUGCCGAGCCCUUUCCCUUCCCAUCAUCCAAGGAUGCUAUCCCCUGGUGGUUCUCAGUUGCUGCCGUUGCUUUAUUUAUUCCAUAGGCAGAAGUCUGAGGGGACCUAAGAGGUGGGUAAAUUAUUCACUGGAAGUAUGUGGCAAAUAAGAUGCUGAAGAGAUCAGUACUGUCCUGUGCUGUGGGUGCCUUUUAUUGUGUUGUUUGUGAGAGGCUUCUGGCAGUUUUUGAGAUUGAGUGUAAUAUCAGAAUGUAGCUUUGGGUUGCAAGUUUCACUUCACAUCUUUGCUCAGCUUUCUGACUUGCAGCAGUUAAGGUUGUAGUCAUAGCCUGAUAAAAACCCUUCAGACCCCUAAGCUGGCUUCGUUGCAAGAAGGACCUUUGAUGUUUGAAUGGAACGUUUCCUACUGCCCUAUUAAAUGAACCACAGACUUAGAUUCAA